CCAUGGAGGUCCCUGCAGGGCUGUCUGCUGGAAAGGAGUCCUCUGCCUUGCCUGCUGCUGCAGCUCUUCCCAACGAGUUACAACCAACACCAGCAACACCAGUACAGAUCACAGUACUGAAGGCGCAGGACCUGAAAACUAUCAAAAGCGACGUGUCAGUUACUUUGGUGCGUGCAGAGUACAAUGGAGCGAUCUUGGGAGACUCCUCCAAGACUGAUGUCUUGCCAGAUGGGACAGCGAACUAUAAUUUCAUGACCAGCUUUGAGUGUAGCCCUGAUGGGCCCAACUCCUUGAAUGACAUUGCGCAAAAACCUGUGCUCUUGACAGUGAUAGAAGUGUUGCAAAGGGAGCAGAGACAGAAGGAGAAGACUGUGGCUCUUGGCCAAGCUGUGGUGGACCUUCUACCUCUGCUGCAAGGACAGUGUUCAUUUAAGGUCUCGGCUCCUUUGUACGCAGUGCCUACCUCUCCAUUAGAGAGCCUUCACCCGGAGGCCAAGGGUGGCCUUGAAGUGACAGUGUGCACCAAAGAGCCCCUGCUUUCUGCAGCGCAGCUUUCAAAUGGUAACCUCCUGAGCGUCACGCUGGAGGCAGCUUAUUCUGUCCCUGAAGCGUUUGCUGCCACUGGACCCCUGCAAAACUACAUGGCUUGCUUGCAAGUACCAGCAGCUGGGGAGAAGGAAUUCCCCUUGCUCUUCAAGAAUGGCAUCCUGAAGCUUGCUGGUGAAAAAGAGCCAUUACCCCGGCCCAAAAAAUGGCCCCUCGCUAACAUCAUGGCCCCUGGCGCUCUGAGCAUACCCAACUCCUUCAUUGUUGGUGGUCCCUAUGAGGAUGAGGAUGGAGAGCUCAACAAAAGAGAGGACAGGGAGUUUAGGAUCCAAGCAGAAAGCACGAAGAGAAUUGUAUGGGACAUGGAAAGGCGUUGUUACCUGGAUCCUGCUGCAGUAGUCAUCCUGCAGAAGCGCAUUGCGGAGUGCCAGUACUGGCCCGUGGAGGUCUGCGGGAUGUCUGUGGCCUCAUCCAGCAAAGGGAAAACUAGCAAAGCCGACAAGGGAGAUGAGGACAAGCAGAUUUUCUUCCAUGGCGUGGCAUAUGUCAACAUGGUGCCUUUGCUGUGUCCUGGUGUCAAGCAGAUCCGAGGCGCUUUUCGUGUCUUUACUUACCAAGACAGCGAGGUAUUCGAGAAGACCAAAAGUCAGCACAGUGUUUUCCGGGAUCUCAGGACACAGCUCAGUCUGACUAAGGAAGGGUCAUGGACCCCAGGAAUCAGUACUCCCCUUUCCAGAGCUGUUCCCAGCAAGACGCGGAAGGAAGACAAAGAGAAAAUGACCAAAGAUAAGGAUUCCAACAGAAGGAUGUCCAACGCACCCAAAAUCCAGUUGUCAGAUGCCACUGUAGAAGCCGAAAAUGUCACAUAUCUCAGCCUUGAUGGACAGCAAUACGUUGAAGCAGGAACGUUCCUGGUGAUGGAGAUAAAGCUGGACAAGGCCUUGGUACCAAAGCGAUUGCGAGAGGAGCUCACCAGACGGGUCAAGCAGAUGAUUCCUCCUCGCCCUCCAUUGCCUCCCCGGACUGCAGGAGCCAAGAAGGCCGUAGAAGAUUAUCACAACCAUGUCACGAGCAUUGCCGUUGCCAUCCUAAGUGAAUACCAUGAGCUCUUUGGGAAGCAGCUGCCUGACCAGGGAGCAAUAGACCACCAAACCCUGGAGGAACAGAAGCGUCAGCUCAACUUUGAGCUCAAUAGCUCUGGGAAAUAUUUUGCUUUUAAGGAACAGCUAAAGUAUGCUGUAGUGAAGAUUGUGAGGGAGAAAUACCUGAAGACCACGGCAUUUGAGACCCAGGAGCAGUUCCAGUCAUUUCUCAGUGAGCUCUACGUGUACCUCAUGGACGAGAUGCACAUUGCCCUGAACCAGCUACUGUCUGAGGAAGCUGCUUCUCCUGCCCCUCAGUCCCGCAUGACUGAAGAGCAGCUCUGGCUCUUUGCUCGCGAAGCUGAAGUCAACAAGGACUACAAGCUGGCAUCUCUCUACCACCAGCAGAGGGUAGCUCAGGACCAGCGCAACAUCCAGUACUGGCUGGACUAUGGGGCGUUCUGCCUCCUGCUCGAGGAAACAACCAAAGCCCAGGAAUGCUUCCAGCAGGCUCUUUCUCUGGACCCCCAUCACAUCCAAAGCUUGCUGCUGUGCGGGAUUGUGGCUGUCAUGCUGGAGCACUAUGAAGAGGCAGAGAUUUUCUUUGAGGAUGCCUGCUGCUUGGAGCCAUCCAGCAUUGUAGCCUGGACGCUUUCAGGUUUGUUUUAUGAGCUGCAGAAUAAUAAUAUUCAGGCGGAAAUGGCCUUCCGUGAGGCUAAGAAGCUACUGCAAGCACAGCUCGCCAAGGAGAGGAGCAUCCCUGAGGCUGCUGAGGGAGAAGAAGGGAAAAAGCACAUUUCUGCUGGGUGUGUGAGGUCUCCCAGCCCAGGCCCAGGAGAGUGCUUGCCAGAGAAGGUUCCAGAUGGCUCAGCUGACAAACUGUCAGAGGUGGUGGAGCCUCCCCUGGUCUGUGUGGCACCCGAGGAAGAGGCUACUGCACUGGAGGCAGCCCUGAAAGGCAAAGCAGGUUCAUCCCGAUUCUCAGAGCAGCACAUCUCAGGAUGGACAGCAGCACCGUCCCCUGUUUCAGGCCUUAGUCAACCUCCCUGCACAAUCUUCAUGAAGGCAGUGAAAUUCCUGAUGAAAGUCAAUGCCGUCCAGUUUGUUCACAGGGCGCUUGCCCAUGAGCUGCUGAGCCUUCAGGGAGGUCCCUCCUGUGCAUACUACCUGGCACUGGCCCAGACUUACUUGCUGAAGGAAGAUCUCUCCAAAUGCGAAGAAUGUCUCUGUGAGGCCAUUAGGAUUGACUACAUGAAUCCAAAUGUCUGGGCUCAGAAAGGGCACCUGUGCUACCUGAAGAGGGACUUUGGUGAGGCAAAGGAGUGCUACGAGCGAACCAUCAGUUUUGUGGAGGAUGCUGCAGAUAUGCACUUCGUCUAUCUGCGCCUGGGCUCCAUCUACCUGGAAGAGAAAGAGUACGGCCGGGCGAAGCAGACCUACCUGCUUGCCUGCAAGAACUCUGCGUCCUGUCUCACCUGGCUGGGGGUGGGAAUCGCCUGCUACAGGCUGGAAGAGAUGGUGGAAGCCGAGGAUGCUCUCUCUGAAGCAAAUGCCCUAAGUAACACCAACGCUGAAGUGUGGGGAUAUCUCGCCCUCAUCUGCCUGCAAGGAGGACGGCAGCUGGAGGCAGAGCAGUGCUACAAAUAUACCGUCAAGCUGGGCCUGAGGAACGACGCGUUGCUGCGGGAGAUCCGCGCCGCCCAGCAGCGGCUCGGCUUCGGCAACCCGGCCCCCCUGAGCACCCCCUCCGGGAAGGGGCCGCCCCGCCGCUCCCGGCCCACCCCCGCCCGCCGGGACCCCCGUUCUACAUAAACUCCCCGCGACCCGAGGGCUCCUUUCCGCCUCUACCGCGAUCGCCCCGCGGUCCC